UCGGUUGUACCUGCUCCAGGACUGUCAGGUAUCACUGCCAUCAAAACUAACCCUUCCACAGUGGCUGCUGUUUAAAUGACAGAGACACAAUGGCUGGUGAUUGACGAGUGUCAUAAAUAUUUAGACCUUUGGGCCUCCAUUUUCAUUUUCCUAACAGUCAGUUUUAUUCUUUAGGGUUCAGAUUGGCUCUCACUCGGUUCAUACACAGCAGCUGCUCACACCUCGUCUUAUCCGAUUGACGCUCUUGAGGUGCAGCGUCACUGCAAACCGACCUGGCUUCAUUCCUCAGGUCGCAUCAUUACAGUCCCAUGGCGUGGCGCAAUGCUUCUCUCUAACAAAACCACAGUUGAAUACCAGUUCUGGCUCUAAAGAUAGGUGCAUUACUCACGUAGGGCCCUUUUGUUUCAGCCCGUAGCAGUCGACUUUAGAAACUGUAGGAUGGUGCUGUGGCACCGAGGCCACCUUCACAUUAUAGGAUAAGGUUUGAUUUCUGUGGAGAUCAGAGUACAACGGCCCAACCAUGAGGGACAGACUGAGCAACCUGCAGGAAAUGUCUAAUGGCCAUGUGGAGCCAAUGGAAUAUGCAGAGUCGACUGUCUCCGAGUCCUUCAGCAACGUGGACCUAGAGGACGAGUUGGCCCAUGAAGCAGUAGUGUUCGACAACAGCCCUGCUCUGGAGGGGGUCUUUUCCCAGUCGCAAGACAUCCACAGAGAGAUCCAGCUCAUCCGCCUGGAGGUUAAAAGGCUUCGAGAGCAGAACUCUCGCAUUCUCAAGGGCGUCACCACCAUGAGCACUAUCAAAAGGGACUCCAACGCCAUUGGUGCUGAUAUAAAGACUCGGGCUGAGGGUGUGCUAGCACACCUGCAGGAAAUGGACGGCAGAGCCCGCAAGCUAGAAGAAGAAUGUGGCUCGAAUUCUGCCAUCACACGUAUCGCCAGAACCCAAUACGCUUGCCUCAGCAAUGGUUUCCGUGACGCCAUGUUUGACUAUAACGAGGCUGAGAUGAGCCACCGGGAGAACUGUAAAGCCCAGAUCCGGAGGCAAAUGGAGAUAGUGGGACGUGAGAUGACAGGGGAGGAGGUGGAGGAGAUGAUUGAGACAGGUCAGUGGAACAUCUUCAAUGACAACGUUGUGAGUGAGGGUAAAACGGCCCGAUCAGCUCUGUCCAAGAUCGAGAAACGUCACCAAGAGCUGGUGGACCUCGAGGCUCGUAUCAAUGGCAUCCAUGAGAUUUUCCUGGACAUCGCCAUGCUGGUGGAAGACCAGGGCACCAUGCUGACCUCCAUCCAAACCAACGUUCAGAAAACUGAUGAAGACAUACAAUUGGCCCUGGUCAAACUUGGCAAGGCCAAACGUCAUGACAAAAAAAACCCCUUUAAAAGGAUGUUUUGCAGCUGUUUCCCAUGCUACAAUUAAUGAGUUUAUAGUCUAGAGAUUGGUAAAGGGAUGGAGAGAUACGCAAUCUUCUGUUCAGACAAAGGGAAGUGGGAAAUGUAUUUUUUCCACCUUCUAUUAGUACACUGUAUUAUCACAAAGCAUUUAACAUGCCCAUUGCACCACAUUUUUUCCAGGAAGUAAAAUAAAGUUUUGAUUGAAAGUUUAAAAAAAUCUAUUGUCUAUACUGAGAGAUAGAAAUGCUUGGGUAAAACAUUUUAAAAUCGUAUUGAAGUGAUGCCAUUCAUGUCUGUAAUGUCUGAAUGAAAGGUUUGAGACUGGUAUCUCAAAUCAGAAUAAAUCCCCCUGUGACUGAGAUGUAAUGCAGACCUGAAACUAAUAGUAUUUGAAAAUAACGUUCAUGCUCCGUUUUUAUAGCCUGUCUCAGUUUCCAUGUAAUGUUUAUUCUCUUAAAAUUGCAGGAAAUUGAGUUACAUGUUUGUGCUGACAUAAAGGUUCCCAAUACAGUAAACUGCUUAAGGACAUAAACCCUAAAGAAAUGUUGUUAUAUCCAAAUUCAAUAAACAAUUCAAUAUUA